CCCAUGUAGUGCACAAGCCCGUCCUGGUGCACAAACCCUUCGUGGAGCACCGCCCCGUCGUCGUGCAGAAGCCCAUCAUUGUGCACCACAAGCCAGUCGUGCACCACGUGCAGGAGUGGAAGCUGGUGACCGUGCCGAAGGUGACAUAUGAGGCCGUGUACAGCCGCCCUGCUCCCGAAAGCGGCAAGGGCAAAGGCAAAGGCAAGGGCUUUGGCGGUUUCGGCGGAUUUGGCGGCUUCGGCGGUAAGGGAGGCAAGAAGGGCGGCGGCGGCGGCGGUGGUGGUGGCGGUUACGGCUUCUGGUAAUCUGUAGGGAAGCCAAGUUGCAACAUUAUCUUGACUUGUAAGAUGAUCAGAGACUGGAAACUGCCCAGAUGUCGUUACCUCAUUUGUCGUUAGGUUAGUUCCCGUAGCGUGGUGAAGCAGCCAUGAGUUUAGGGUAUAAAGCAGUUUGAUACAAAAAAACAGCAAACGUUUUCUAUGAAAAGGGUUGUUUUGCUCAUUUAGUCUCGUUAUCUUGCUUUAUGUUUCUCUGUGUGUAAGGUAAGCAUAAUUACACUUUGUUCUUGUUAACUUCUUUAGUUUUAUACUCAUUUGUCUUGUGUAUAUACAUUUACCUCAAAUGUUUUGUUUACUUCUGUUUUACAACUUCACAUAAUAAAACUACUGAAAUAA